GCAGUAGCAGACGCCUCCUGACGUUGACCGAGAGUAUUCUUAACUACUUUAACGCAGUUUAUUACUGUACUGAAAAUUACCUAUAUUCAUCCAAACUGUUCGUCGUAUCUACUGCAACUUGUGUGUCUUUGUAAUACUCAUGUAUAGAGUAAGCUUUACUUCAUGUUACGAGUGAGUCGGUGAGACUGAUUUGAUGGAAACAUGAAGACGCGCCGGGGAAACGCGAGCAUUCUUUGGACUCGGAAUGCAUUUGUGGUUUAUAUUUUCGUUUCUUUUACCAUUGUGAAAGCGAACCCUCAUAUUUAUUACGGACAGGUUGUGGAGAAUGCCUCGGCUGGGUCUGUAGUGCGCGGGAUACUGUUGCCUUUUGGAGAGAAAUGCCAAGAGUCGGACUGGACCGAAAACCCAGGCACGGCUCUACAUGGGACAGACGUCUCUGACUUUAGCCUUGUGUACCAUCAUGGGAAAGGAUUUUCCCUGCUAACCACGAAAACUUUAGACCGAGAGCUGAAACCGAGAUAUGUUUUAAGUGCGCUUGUGCCAGGCUGUUUCGACAAUCCCCUGGAAUUGGAAGUUGAAGUAUUAGAUGCGAACGACAACAAACCAUAUUUUAGAAGUAAAAUUGAGAGAGCAGAGGUGUUUGAACUCACCCCAAUCGGUUCUGAAUUGACUCGCAUUCAUGCACUUGACAAUGAUGCUGGCCGGAACGCCAAGGUCCGAUAUUAUGUGUCCCCACAUAACAAAUACAUACACGUUAUUCCUAAGACUGGACAGGUUGUGCUUGUUCAUUCUUUAGAAAAUGUGAAAAACAUAACGACACGCAUUUAUGCAAGAGAUCAAGGAGAUGUCUCUCUGGAAAGCGAGCCCCUCGUGCUUCACAUCGAUGUUCACAGAGCCGUCCCUUCUAAAGUUAGGAAGCCGAGAGCGGUUUCCGAAGACCUGUUCUAUACUGUGACAGUGUCAGAAGAUGUGAAAAUCGGGGACAUGAUUUUCACCGUUCCUGAUCAGAAGUUCGAAAAGAAGUGGUUUGAAGUGAUAUCAGAAGCUGAUGCUCCGGUUCAGAUUGAGCGCGACUCAGGUCGGCUGUACUUGGCGCAGAGACUGAAGUCCAUGACCGAGGUGGUGGUUAAAAUUCAGAACAUGAGAGGUGAUGAGUGGUAUCUGUGUCGUCUGACCCUCACGCUGCCCAGCCUGAGUGACCUGCAGUGGGCCAUGUUCCCAUUCCCGUACCUGGCCUCGGUGGGGCCCGAUGCCGGCCCCGGCACGCUGGUGUAUAGGCUCAGUGCCCAGCGCGGGGACGGUUCCCAGGCAACCGCACAGUUCCUGUUGGUGGAAGGUGGGGACGACUGCUUCGAGGUGGACAGGACCUCUGGGGAGGUGAGGACCACAGGCCGGCCCCUGAGCCCCAGUAAGGAGUACGUCCUCUGGGUGCAGCUCUUGGAUCCCCAGGGUAGGAGGGGACCCCAGGCGUCGGUGUCCAUUUUGGCCGGCUACCGCCCCCCUCAGUUCACCAACGGCUCAGACGCUGUGUAAUGCCCCUGAGAGCACCGGCCGGGCCAGACCGUUGCCAUGGUACAGGCAGUGUCCUUCCAGCAGAAGAGCCUGUCCUACAUGCUGCUGGUGAACCCCAGCAACCUGUUCAGCAUCCACCAGAGAUGGCGCCUCAGUCUGACCUGCAUCGCGGACUACGAGGAGUGGGAUUAGCACCUGCACCACCUUGGGAAGUACACUCUAGCAGUCGACACCGGCCUCAGCAGCGUGACAGAGGUGGUGGUCCACAUUACGGAUGAGAACGACUGCACGCCAGAGUUCCUCCACUCCAUCUACAGCCGAGACAACAUCCCCGAGUCCAUCCCGCCUGGGACCUCCCUCCUCCAAGUGCUGGCUCGAGACUGUGACACGGGCUUGAAUGCCGAGAUCUCCUACUUCAUCCAGAGCUCCGACUUCGACAUCACCUCCCAGGGUGUGGUUUCCCCCGCCCGGCCGCUGGACUACGAGCGGCCCAAUCACAUGUAUGAGUUCCUGGCGGUGGCCGUGGACAAGGGCACGCCCCCGCGCACGGGCACUGCAUCCAUCCGCAUCCGCAUGGCCAACGUCAACGACGAGGCGCCCGUCUUCUCACAGGCUGUUUAUAAGACCUUCCUCUCGGAGGACGCGGGCCCUGAAACUCUGGUGGCCAUCGUCCACGCCAAGGACCCAGACGGAGAUGGAGUGACAUACGCCAUCACCGGAGGCAAUGAGGACAGCAACUUCGAACUGGACAACCAGAAGGGCAUCAUCAAGCUGCGCCGCAGUCCCCCUCCCACACUCCGCGGGCCCCAGUACGUCCUCAACGUCACGGCGACCGACGACAACAGCGCCGGCGGACCCCUCCCCCUCAGCAGCUCCGCCCAGGUCAUCGUGGGCAUCAAUGACAUCAACAACAACAAACCGGUCUUCGAUGAGUGUCAUAACUACAGUGUGAGCACGUGGGUCCUGGAGAACCAGCCCCCGGGGACGUUCGUGCUGCGCGUGCAUGCCCACGACGCGGACAUCGGCCUCAACGGAGACGUGAAGUACGGCAUCAUGCAGCGCGACGGCGCCUCGUGGUUUGUCAUCGACCCUGACACAGGUGUGAUCAGCACAUCCGUGACCUUUGACCGGGAGCGCCAGCGAGAGUACAGUCUGUCGGUCACAGCGACUGACCAGGCUGAGGAGCCUCUUAUCGGCAUCUGCCAGAUCACCAUCGUCAUCGCAGACCAGAACGACAACGACCCCAAAUUUGAGAACAGCCGCUACCAAUACUUCCUGCGUGAGGAUACGCCGGUUGGCACCAGCUUCCUGCGUGCGGCUGCCCAUGACGAUGACCAGGGCACCAACGCGGCCAUCACCUACUCGCUGUCCAGCCAGCAGCCUGCCUACCUGCAGAUCAACCCCACUACUGGCUGGGUCUACGUCAACCACCCCAUCUCACAGACGUCGCGGAUCACACAAAAGAUCAUCGCCACAGAUGGAGGCAACCGUAGCAGCUGGGUGGACCUGAGCGUGACCAUCACCAAUGUCCACAACCAGCCACCGCAGUGGGAACAGCCUGAGUACUGGGUGACCAUCUCCGAGAACACAGUCAGGGACUCCAAGAUAGUGACCAUAAAGGCCACCUCCCCUCUUGGAGACCCCAGGGUGACCUACAACCUGGAGGAAGGCCAGGUUCCCGAGACCAACAUGCCUGUGCGUUUCUACCUGAAGCCCAACCGUGGCGACGGCUCAGCGUCCAUUCUGGUGGCGGAGCCGUUGGACUACGAGAGCACGCGCUUCUUCAUCCUGCGUGUGCGUGCCCAGAACGUGGCGGCAGUGCCCCUGGCGUCUUUCGCCACCGUCUACGUCAACCUCACAGAUGUGAAUGAUAACGUGCCUUUCUUCAUGUCCUCCACGUAUGAGGCCACGGUGCCAGAGGGGGCAGAGAUUGGGACGUCUGUUGUCCAGGUGUCCGCCUCAGACCUGGACUCUGGACUGCACGGCCAGGUGAACUAUGUCAUCCUAAAGGACCAGAGCGGCGACUCUCAGUACUUCAGCAUUAACUCCUACACGGGGGUGAUCCACACACGUGCAACCUUUGACCGCGAGCAGAAGGGCUCCUACCUCAUUGAGGUGCAGUCGCAGGAUGGCUCCGAGUCAGCCCGGCCUGGGCAGCACGGACAGCCCAACACAGACACGGCCUACGUGAGGAUCUUUGUGACGGACGUGAACGACAACGCGCCGUCCUUCUCCCAGUCCGUGUACGAGAUCAGCGUGGAGGAGGACAAGGAGGUGGGCUUCAUCGUCAUGACGGUCACCGCCAACGAUGAAGACGAAGGCGCCAAUGCUAAGCUACGCUACCAGCUGACAGCGGGCAACACCAUGGGCACGUUCGACAUGGAGCCCGAGGUGGGCACACUCUACAUCGCCCAGAAGCUGGACUAUGAGCGUGUUCAGCGCUACGAACUGCGAUUGGUGGCGUCCGACGGCAAGUGGGAGAACCAGACCACGGUGGUGGUGAACGUUAUCAACCAGAACGACGAGGUGCCCGUGUUUGACCACACCGAGUACUAUGCCAGCGUCACCGAGGAGCUCACCGACCUGCCCAUCCUCGCCCUGCAGGUUUCUGCUACUGAUCCAGACCAGGAGGCUGACCAGAGUGCCCUGCGGUACUCCCUGCAUGGACAGGGAGCUGGUAGUGAGUUCACCAUUGAAGAGCUAACGGGUCGAAUCUACGUGCAGAAGCAUCUAGACCGCGAGGAGCGGUCUGCGUGGCGCUUCUUGGUCCUGGCUACUGAUGAAAACGGAGCAGGGCUUACAGGCUUCGCCGAUGUCCUCUUGGAGGUGCGAGAUAUCAAUGAUAACGCCCCCGCCUUCCUGUGCUCGUCAGACAGCUGCUUUGUCGGGAGCGUGCCCGAGAACUCGCCCGCAGACACCUCCAUUAUGGAAAUGCGUGCCACCGACCUGGACGACCCGAAGGCGGGGAAGAAUGCAGUGCUGACCUACCGCAUCGUCCAGAACGUCCGAAAUGAGAUCAACCUCAACCUGUUCUCCAUCAACCCUUCCACAGGCACCAUCUACACAGUGCUACGAUCCCUGGACCGAGAGGUGGAGGAUCGCUACCUGGUGGUGGUGGAGGCUGUGGAUGGAGGGGGUCUCUCGGGAACGGGCACGGCCACUAUCCUGGUGUCGGACGUGAACGACCACGCACCGGCGUUCACACAGCAGCUGUACGUGGCGUCCAUACCGGAGGAGCUGGAGGUGAACAGCGAGGUGCUGGUGGUGGCGGCGACCGACGGCGACGAGGGCGAGAACGCGGCGGUCACCUUCAGCAUUGUCGGCGGCGACGAGGAGCGGAAGUUCUUCGUGGAAACGGACAAGGCCAACCGGCGUGGCGUCCUGCGCCUGCAGAAGAAGAUUGACUUUGAGAAGCCGCACGAGCGUACCUUCAACCUCACGCUCAAGGUGGAGGACGCCGACUUCUUCAGCGUGGCCCACUGCGUCAUCCAGGUGGAGGACUCCAACGACCAUGCGCCUGUCUUCUUCCCGCAGUUUUACGACGCAGGCGCCAUGUUCGAAGACGUCCCCGCUGGAACCAUCGUGGCCCAGGUGACCGCAAUGGAUCUGGACUCGGGCCAGAACGGCAAGUUCUCAUACGGCAUCGCCCCAGAGUCUGACCCCUACCAGCAGUUUGUGGUGGACAAGAGCGGCUGGGUUGUAGUAGCAGACACUCUAGACCGUGAGAAGGUUUCCCAGCAUCGGCUCAUGAUCUUGGCCACCGAUAUGGGCAGCCCUGCUCUCACUGGGACUGCCAUUGUCAUGGUGACAGUGCAGGACAUCAACGAUAAUGGCCCUGAGUUCGAGGCGCCAUACCGACCUGUGAUUUGGGAGAACUCAGCCACCCCUCAGAAUGUCCGCAUGAACGACACGUCACUCCUCCUCCACGCCAUCGAUCGUGAUUCGUCGCCCAAUGGCGGCCCCUUCUCCAUCCGACUGCUCAUGCUCACCGAGGACGCCACCAACUUCAACCUCACUGACCUGCGUAACGGCAGCGCCCUCCUCACCGCCCUCCGCACCUUCGACCGCGAGCAGCAAAAGCAGUACCUGCUGCCCGUCCUCAUGAUCGACAGCGGCUCUCCGCCAAUGAGCUCCACCUCGACGCUGACUGUUGUCAUCGGCGACAGGAACGACCACCCACAUGUGCCAGGCCACACCGAAUUCAUCGUGUACAGCUACGAGGGUUCACUUCCCACCACAGUACUUGGACAAGUUCAAUCCCCUGACCUUGACGACUGGAGUGAAAAGGUGUACCAGUUUGAAGGCAAACCCCCCAGGUCGUUCAGUCUAAACCGCAACACUGGUCAACUGAGCAUCAGGGAAGGAACCCCGCCCGGCGCCUACAGCCUGCAGGUACGGGUCAGCGACAAGGCCUGGCCUGACGUGACCUCCACUGCAGAGGUCACCGUCUUGGACCUGAAGGACGACGCCGUGAGGAACGCAGGCUCCCUGAAGCUGUCCAACCUUACCGUGGAGGAGUUCUUUCGGGUCGGACUGGGUCAGGAGAGCUGCUACACCCGUCUGCGUCGCCUGCUGGCCGAGGUGCUGCAGACGGAGACGGAAUGUGUGUACGUCUUCAGUGUCGCCAACGGCAGCAGCAACCACGACAACCUGCAGCAGCUCAACGUCUGGUUCGCCGCCCACGGCUCGCCAUAUUACAAGACUGAGAAGCUCCACGGCUAUGUAGCAACACACAAAGUCAAGCUGGAGUCGGCGCUGGGUGUGGGCAUCUCUCAGGUGGGCGUGGACGAGUGCGCUUACACCGACUGCGGUCCGACGGGCGGUGGCUGCUCCAGCCGGGUGACGUUCAGCGAGACACCGCGCGUGCUCAGCUACGGCAACACCUCCCUGGUGUCCAUCUCGGCCACCGCCACGGCCCAGUGUGGCUGCCAGGCCCGCGAGAGCCUGCACCUCGCCUGCGCCUCCUACCCCCACAACCCCUGUCUCAACGGGGGCACCUGCAUCGACAGCGAGCUGGGCUACAGGUGUAAGUGCCCCCCCAUGUUUGAUGGGCCGGAGUGUCAGCAGACCAAGCACAGUUUCCAUGGCCACGGCUACGCCUGGUUCCCUCCGAUCAGGCCCUGCUUCCAGAGCCGCAUCACACUGGAGUUCAUCACAGAGGCGCCCAACGGUCUGCUCCUCUACAACGGCCCGCUGGCCGCACCCCAACCGGGUGACCCCGAGGACUUCAUCGCCCUCGAGCUGAAGAACGGCGUCCCGUCCCUGAGUGUGAACCACGGCUCCGGAACGCUGACACUUCAGCUCCCACCCAGGGCCACUGUCACGGACCGCCGCUGGCAUCGUCUGGACAUCGUCAGCGACGGGAAGAUGGUGCAGCUGAUCCUGGACCACUGCUCUGGGGCUGCGGUGAAUGAGGUGGAGGGUCUGGGGGUGGAGAUGCUGGAGAUGGACCAGUCGGCCUGCAAGACCUCCGCAGAAACCCCCGGCAGCCAAAGAUUCCUGAACGUGAACCAGCCCCUGCAGGUGGGCGGCGUGAAGGAGACUCAUCCCCACCGGCGUACACACCCCCACUACAAGGGCUUCGUGGGUUGCCUGAGGAACCUGGUCGUAGACAGCCAGGUGUAUGACCUGGGUAACCCAGCGGAGAGCGUGAACAGCACCCCGGGGUGCACCCUGACGGACGGGGUGUGUCUGACAGCAGGGGGGCCUUCGUGUGGCGUCCACGGGAAGUGCCUGGGCGAGUGGGGCUCCUUUAGUUGUGACUGCCACCCUGGAUAUAGUGGACACAAGUGUGAGAAAGCGUUGCCGGACUGGUCGUUUGAGCCGGACAGCGUGCUGCGGUACCAGCUGCGUGGGGGCGGCAGCCCCCGCUGGACCCACGCCCAGCUGAUGCUGCGCACCCGCGCCACCUCGGGCAGCCUGCUCAGCAUGACCUCGCGCGACGCCAACGAGUACAUCGUCCUGGAGAUAGCAGAUGGACAUUUGAGCGUCCGGGCCAACCUUGGUGACGGCGCCCACUCCCUGCGUCUGAUUGGCCAGCGCGUGGACGCUGGCCAGUGGGUGCUGGUCAGCCUGCUUCGCCAUGACAACCUCUUCACGCUGCGCCUGGAGCGGGGCGGCGGGGCGCGGGAGGUCACUGCGGUGCUCGGACAGCGCAGGGAGAUCGUGGUGCACCCGUCCAGCGUGCUGCUGGGUAACGCCGGUGCCCAUGGCACACGUGCAGACUUCCAAGGUUGCAUGCGUGACGUGCGUCUGAAUGGACACACUCUGCCGCUGGAUGGCCAGAGUACGGAGUUCAGCACGGUGCUGGAGCGGCGCGGGGUGACGGCCGGCUGCCACUCGGACGCCUGCAGCGCCAAGCCCUGCCUCAGCCCCCUCUACUGCGUCGACCUGUGGAGGAAACACGAGUGCAAGUGUCCAUCAGGUCAGGUGCUGGUGCUGGACGAUUCGUCCGGCCUGCAGCGCUGUGCCCCGUCCCCGUGCCGGGCUGCCACCUGCCGCAACGGCGGCACCUGCGUGGCCCAGUCGCCCAAGAGCUAUCAGUGCCGCUGCGCCGAGGGCUUCCGGGGCCAGUGGUGCGAGGUGGGCCGGGCCAAAGCCCUGCGGCUGGCCGCCCUCAGCCCCAGCUCCAUACUGGCCAUCAGCAUGUGCCUGCUCGUCUUCUUCGCCAUCCUGGUCGCUGUGACCGUCUGGAACCAGAAGGGCAGCCGCAAUAAGUUCCGUAAGCAUGGUGUUUACCACAUCCCUGCCGAGCAUGAGAGCUGGGAAGACAUCCGGGAAAACAUCCUCAACUACAACGAGGAGGGAGGAGGGGAGCAGGACCAGAACGCCUAUGACAUCACAGAGCUGAAGCGCCCGCUGUGCUCUAGCCUGUCCCAGUCGUCCUCGUGCACUACGGCGCCCCUCAUCAAGUCCUCGCAGGGCUCCCAGGAGGAGGUGCACCCCUCGCAGGGCUCUGUGGUCAGCUCCGCCGGGGGGCUCUGCCCGCAACCCUCCUACGCCUCCCACGUGGCUGCCGCCGCCUCCGUCGGUCACCCCCAUCAUCACCACCCCCACCACCACCACUGCCCCAUGGACUUCAAGAGCUACGUGGCGCGCAUCAUCUGGGAGGCGGACAACGACAGCCUGGCUCUGCCGCUGGACACGUACCGCGUCUACUGCAUCGAGGGCGAGGGCGCGUCCAGCGUGGGCAGCCUCAGCUCGCUAGGCUCAGCACUCGCCGACACCACGGCCGGCGCAGACGCCAGCGCCGAGUUCAGCUACGAGAGCCUGCGCCACUGGGGUCCCAAGUUCGAGGGCCUGAGCGAGCUGUACCGCCGCCCCGAGCUGGCACUGCCCUACCGGGAGGCGUCCGUGCGGAGCCCCACCCCGACCCAGGGCCUCCGCCAGACCCACAGCCUGCAGCCUCCACCACAGCAGCAGCAUCAGCUAUAAGGCCCACAUUGCAUCUCUGUGUCUGAUCUGAUGCUUAGCCAUCCAUGGUUGCACUGGUUUGGUUCUGGUUUUUAGUGUAAGGGAUGAUCAGGAUAGGUUGUGAAGAGAAGUGAUCUCUCUUCAUUGUCCCUCCAUUGUUUUGUUUUUGUUUGGUUAUUUGAUUGUUUUGGUUUUGUCUUUGAGUAUUACACACACAAAAAGAAGCUUUAGCAGCCUCUGGGAGAGGAGAUGCCCUGAAGCCGUACUUUGCCUGGAAAUCAAAUUUGAAGUUUUAUUUAUUGAGCGUCUGAUGUGAACUAUUAAAUUUUUUAUAAAUGUGCUGUAUUUAUUUUAGCCUUGAAAUCUUCUUUAUACAGGGAACAAAGCCAGUGGAUUACUGUGUGAUUUAUUUUCUGUGACCUUCAAGGGAAGACCUUUGUGCUGAGUUUCAUGGGGGACUUCUAAUACUCCUGAUGUGCACUGACAUCUUGAGGCAGGUGGAUUGGAUGAACCAUGGCAUAGUAUAACAGUAGGGACCUCUUGUGGUGUGCUUGGAGUGUCCAUUGUCCAGUAUGCCUGGGACAUAUUCACUCUCUCCCCUAUACCCAAAUGCUCAAUUGAUCACGCUAGAAUUCAUGCAGUUGGUUUGACAGCCAGGUGCCAUUAAUCAUAACUCAACUUGGCUGCAAACAAACCUGGUUUAAUCACAUCUAAAUGAAUAAGCACAGAGUCCUUUGACAAAUAAGUACAAAUCUUUCACAUUAAUUAAAAAAAUGUGAUCCUUUUGAUUUAAAAAAAUAAAUAUAUUUGCUAUGUUGAGAUAUAGCAUCUUAGUAUUGAUUGGUGUUGCAGCAAAAGAAGAUUAAAAGAACAUUUAAACAGUUCCUUUGCCAUGCUGCAAAGUCGAUGUAUAUGACGAAUUCCUGGCAGUUGAAGAAUUAUUUUUGUACUCCUCCAUAAAUCUAUAUCGGCCCCUUAAUGAGUGCAUUCUGUGUUGAUGUUUCUUCAAGGCUGUACUUUUUUCUUUGCUUUUUUCCCUCCAUGGCCUGUUCUUUUGUGAGGUUAAUCAUGUGUGACACUCUCUGAGUCCCUUGUUCCGAAGCAAGGUGACACACUCCCUUGUGUUGUCACGCAGUCAUAUGAAUGUAUCUCAAACCAGUCCAGAAAAAAAUAUGACUUAAACGUGAUUUGUGGGGUCCACUGCAAAGGAAGUGAGAUGUCGAUCGCAAAUAGGCGGAAGAUACAAUCAGAAAGAAGAAGAGGAACAAACUAAUUAUAAAUGCCUACAACAGUUUCGAAAUGGCCUAAAUCAAUAUAGAUAUAUUUUUGUUGUCGUAGAGUCAGAAACUAUUAGUAGCUUUUAAAAGAAAAACAUUGACAUGAUGAUAUAUUUUGUAUCAGAAGCAAGUCCUGAAAAUGUUUGGUGUUCUUAUCAAACAUGGAGGCCAGAUGUGUGGCAGUUGAGGUGUGCGCGUGCACAGUCCUUGUGGUGAGGCUUCAGGCUUCUCCUGAAAAUGUCAUUAGUCAAAAACUGUAGUGCAUUGGGUCAGUUCAUCACUGUGCCAGACCAAACCGAAAUAUAUCCAAACCUUCAUCUUUGCACAAAUUAAGCUCAAUCCAACAGGUGUCUGGUGUUUCGAAGUGAAAUGGUGCCUGUACGCAGUAGAUUUUGAGUGAGCAACAAACGUAAGGUUAGACUUGAGGCAGAUUCUAGAGCACUACAGUGCCACAGAGCUGCAUUCUACUCCCUUUCUUGACAGUCUACUUCAGUGUUGCUAUUGGUCCUACUGCUUACACCCAUAAUACUUUUUAACAGGUUUAGUCUGAAGGUCUAACGCAGGGUUGUUGACAUUGACCACUCCUGUUUUCCCAUUCCAAUUUAGUCCAGUUAACGCUCUCACUUCUUGCACAUGGGCCUCAGGGCUUUCACCUGUGUAUUGUAUAUUAUGUAAAUAUGUAUGUUUUUAGGGUCCUAAUGCCAGAUAUUCCUUUUGUAUAUGAAUUUUAAUAAAUAAAGCAUUUUCCUGAAGGCA